GCUUCGUGUGCAGUCACUUGAUAACAUUGAGUCUGGAGUUUCUCUCAAGCGCCAGUUUUCACAGUAAUCUAAGUUUUGUUUAUUGAUUGACCACCUAUAGCAUCCAAUUUCACAGAAGCGACACCAUGCGGUCUGAACUUAUUUGCGUGAUCAGUUCAAGGGCUUCGCGGGAUGGGCGCCAAAGUUGCGACCAAAAAUCGGUGUGACUGACAGAUCGCAUGCAACUUCAGUUUUACUCCCCGCUUGAGCAAGGGCUCCCAAGACUGUGAUAUUCUCUCGGUAGCGCCAGCCUAGAGCGGGGCAAAGGCCAUAAUUGCUGCUUUUCGGUGCCAGGUCGUACAAGAUACGGAAAGGCAUGUGGACCAUAUAUGCACCAAUAUUUCAACCUGCGGUGUAGUGGUGGCCCCCUUCUUUGACAACACAUCCCUAGAUUAGUUCAAACGCUUUCUCUCAGCUUAGCAGACAUAAUCUGCCUCAUAUCUUAUUCAGUUCAGCUACGAUGGCCUUUGUCCUAGCACCAGAAAUAGACCAGCCUACAGCUGACCUGCUUGUUCAACUACAGCUGCAAGAUGCCAGUCUUUACUUUAAAUCCUCCAAAGGGAAAUCGCGUGAUCCCACUGACGAGGAGCUGGCAUUUCAGCUACAAAAUAAGGAGUUAGAAAUUAUUUCUCAUUUCGCAGCUGCAGUCCAAGCUGAUAGAUGCAUCGUGGCUGUGAACCAGGUGGAAGAAGAGAACGCAUGUAAUAACCAAGAUAUUGCUCGUCAGUGGAUGGAGAAUGGAUGUCUUGAGUCUUCAGCUGAUUUCAAAUCAAAAUCAGUGACUUUGGAUGAUGAGACUCUGGCUAAACUCCAAAUCUUAUAUGUGUCCGGCAUGGAGGGAUACCAAAACAUAGGGAUUAUAGGCGAAUUUGUCAACAUGGCCUGUGUUCCUUGUCAGCAUGAGUAUUAUUAUCCCUCUCGCAUAUUUCUCAAGUCCAAUCUAAUAGAGCAGUAUGAGAAAAAGAAGAUUGAGUUUAAAACUCCAAACAGAACAUACUGCUACUAUUCUGAAUGUGAUGCGUUCAUCAACACAUCACACAUUAAUGGUGAAGUAGCCACAUGCCCCAGUUGCGGGCACAUAACUUAUACAAACUGCAAAGGGCGGGCACAUAUGGGAGACUAUCUGAAUAAUACCGCCAUGCAACAGCUGUUAGCAACCGCACAAGAAAACAGAUGGCAACGCUGCUAUUCGUGCUGGAGAAUGGUGGAACUGGAUCAUGGUUGCAAUCAUAUAAUGUUCGAUGAGCGUCGUCUUCUUGCGCGUGCAUACCAAUUAAUUGAUCGAGAUGGAGACCAGCCGCUCGCUGCUAAACCCCCACCAGAUAUCAAUGAGCCUCGGCUGGAGGGUCACCUUGCCAUGGAGACUAACAAGUUUCACAUAGAAAGUCAGGAAGCACAACCAGAGCAGGCAGAUGAAGAGUCGCACGCCGCUCCAGAAGCUUCAGCAUCCCCUUCUUCUCAGACACCACGAGAUAUUUUGGUUGCGAGAACUAUUCAGGAGCUCAGAGAGAAUCAUGAGUGCAUGCAUGAUAGAUGGAAGUAUAUUCGGGGACCCCAUCGAUGCGAGGAGUGUUCCUAUUAUUUGCGGGAAUAUAUAUUCGAAUGCCGUCAAUGCAGGAUUCAAGCUUGCAACCGGUGCAGAAGGAAUAGGCUUUAG